UUACCAGAUGCUCCAUUUACAAUGAUUGUACCGAAAAUCGAUGUGCGCACAAUUGAUAAGCCGCGACUGAAGGAAUUCAUGUUGGAGCACUUGAUACCAGGAAAAGUAUUUGAUAAUUUUGCUGAUGAUGACAACUAUGGCAAUGGGAACGGUCAUAAAAUGCAUCUUCACAAAAUGGAAAAAUCGCAAAACAAUUUGUGGCUACUCAAUGGUUAUCUCAUUUUGUACAAACUGCGCUUGAAUGAAAACGUGAUAGCAAUCGCAAUUGAUGGCUACCUCGGUGACCGAAAAUCGCCCUACUCGAAGCGCAACAUACAAGAGUCGAAUAGCCGAUACAAUGAACCACAACGCUUAGAGAUGCGCAACGCAACAUCUAUGCAUACUAAAAUCGAGCCUAUACUAAAAGAGUCUAAGUCUAGUCCACUCAUGUCUUUCCUGAAUAGCAUGAAAAGCGGCACCAAAGUUUUUCAACAUUUCCUGUCUAAAAGCAAUCUAACCCAUAUAAUGGAUGAUGGCUCAUACACGGUACUCAUACCGUCCGACAAUGCCUUUCAACGUUGGCAUCCCAUCGACUGGGGCUUCUACCCGUUUAGUGUGCAAGAAUUCACUGAAAGUGUGUUGCGUAACCACUUCUUGCCCACACAACGCCCACUGCGUAUGGCCGAAGUGAAGAACAUCGACCAGUUGGUGAUACGAACAAUGGGCGGAGAGAGUGUGGUCUUCCGCGGACAUCGUAAGUGUUAUUUGCUUACCUAG